CAACUUGGAGCACAUGAAAAAGGAUUUAAAAAUUUGGAGGAGGAAUGGAGAGCUACCCUUAGGUCUGAUCAGGGAAAACCAACCACACACUAUGCUAUUUUAAGUCUCAGGUCUUUUAAAGUUGCACGUGAAAAAACUAUUGAAAGUUUACGUGCAAUACUUGGUACCUACAUUAAUCCUUAUGACGAAAUGUGGUCCUAUAAUUCUAUAUUAGGAGAUUGA